AAAAGUCUCUCUACUCAGUCAUAAAUAACUUUACCACUCUACAGUUUCGUUCUACUUGUUUUUUUCCAAGCACUGACGCGGAAUUCACACGUUCCGCUCCUCCAUACUCUUCUCCAUCCCUCAAUUCAAGGCGUCACGCGUUCUUCACCUCCUCCUUUUUCCAAUCACGUAUCAGGACCACAUCAGAGGGACAGAUACAGAGGAAACAGAGGGUUAAUUAAGGAUGUUGGAGCUGUGCCGCUGGCCACUGGACAUGUGCUUCGGCGGUGGUGGUGGCAACGAUGGCAGCCUUCAGUGGCACAUGGACUCGAAGCCCCAUCACUAUUCAAUUGCAGUGGCACAAGCUAAUUCGUCGUUGGAAGACCAAGGACAGGUUUACAUCUCUCCCUCUGAAACUUUUGUUGGCGUGUACGACGGACAUGGUGGACCUGAAGCUUCCCGUUUCAUCAGAAACAAUCUCUUCUCCUUCCUUCACAAGUUUGCUUCAGAGGAAGGUGGUUUGUCAGAGCAAGUGAUAAAGAAGGCAUUCAGUGCUACUGAAGAAGAGUUCCUGCACUUGGUGAAGCAGUCUUGGACUAAACGGCCACAAAUUGCUUCUGUGGGUUCGUGCUGUCUUCUGGGGGCGAUUUCAAAGGGUGUUCUUUAUGUUGCUAAUCUCGGCGAUUCGAGGGCGGUUUUGGGGCGGAAAGCAUUUGGAGAGCAGGGGAAUUGGGCUCCUGUGGUGGCGGAGCGUUUGUCCACUGAUCACAAUGUUGCAGUGGAGGAAGUCAGAAAGGAGGUGGAGGCACUUCACCCUGAUGAUGCGCACAUUGUGGUUCGCACUCGUGGAGUUUGGCGAAUCAAGGGCAUUAUUCAGGUCUCAAGAUCAAUUGGGGAUGUUUAUCUAAAGAAACCGGAUUAUGACAACAAUCCUCUGUUCAGACAAUUUGUAUAUCCGGUAUCUCUGAACAGACCUGUAAUGACAGCUGAACCAUCCAUAUUGAAGCGGAAGCUGAAAGUUGAAGACUUGUUUUUAAUCUUUGCAUCAGAUGGACUUUGGGACCAUUUAACUGAUGAAGCAGCAGUUGAAAUCAUCUCCAGAAGUCCAAGAACAGGAAUAGCAAAACGAUUGGUGAGAGCUGCACUGGAAGAGGCUGCAAAGAAAAAUGGAAAGAGAUAUGAGGAUUUAAAGAGAAUUGAGAAAGGUGUUAGGCGCCUUUUUCAUGAUGAUAUUACAGUGAUUGUUCUAUACCUUGAUAAUUCACUAGGAUCUUUAAAUAGUUCAAGACAUCAAGGGGUCUAUCGUUGCAUUGAUACUCCUGUUGAUAUCUUUUCUCUCAGAGCAGAUGAAGCAAACCGAUAACCAAAGAAUGCUGUUGUAAAUGUGAUUUAAACUAGCAUAUGAAAGUUGACAAUGCUGGUAAUGUUAGGUGGUGCUGCACAAGCGGAAUUAAAAUAUUCCAUCUCCAAAUUAUGUCUCUUUGUAUGUCCCAUAAAUCAAAUUUUGUGGAAAAAGAAAAUACUCAUAUCAGCAAGAGAGGAAGCUUCUUUCAUUU